UAUGAGUACCAAAAUAAGAACUAUUUUUAGUGUGGAAAUAGUUCAAUGAAAUCUUGAGUGUGGAUAAAAAUAAAAUUAUAUCCAGUUAUUUUGCUGAAUUGUUGUAGAAUUAUUGUAAAGAAUAAAUAUUUAGUUAAAGAGUGUCGGUGUUCAUUCAGGAUUUAAUUUGUUUUCAUGCGGAUGAAUAUUUACUAGACUGCCCAAAACCAACAUGGAGGCCACGGCCAAACAUGAAUUUAAUGCUACAGCUGAUGACGAAUUAAGCUUUGCUAAAGGAGAUGUUUUAAAGAUAUUGAGUCGAGAAGAUGACCAAAACUGGUAUAAAGCAGAGUUCAAUGGACGCGAAGGAUAUAUACCAAAUAACUACAUAGACCUGAAGCCACAUGACUGGUUUUAUGGCCGCAUGAAAAGAAACGAAGCUGAGGAAUUAUUGUUACAAAAAAAUCAUAAUGGACAGUUUAUUCAUCCGGAUGGAGCAUUUCUAGUCCGGAACAGUGAGAGUGCACCAGGCGAUUUUUCUAUGUCCGUCAAAUUUCAAGAUGGAGUUCAACAUUUUAAAAUUCUCCGAGAUGGAGCUGGCAAAUAUUUCCUAUGGGUAGUGAAGUUUAACUCCAUAAAUGAGUUAAUAGAAUACCAUCGGCGAGCCUCAGUCAGUCGAGGACAGAGCAUAACACUAAGGGAUAUGAAGAACUUGGCUGCACAGGGGGAUCAGAGUACAGGGCUAUCAUGUCUGCGUUCACCACUAACGGGGUCCCGGGAUCCCGAUGACACCAAAUUUCAAAGAGGAAUACCAGAACUUCCAAGUCAGAAAAAGGUUACAGCGAUGUACGACUUCACGCCACAGGAGCCUGGGGAAGUGUAUCUGAAGAAAGGCGAUGAAGUUUUGGUGGAAGACGAGGUGGAUAAACACUGGUGGAAGGGAACCAACGCGCGAACAAAGGAAGCUGGACUUUUCCCUGCUAAUUAUGUGAAAGAUAUGUGAAUUCUAUUUAACACAGAAGGCAUAAAGACUUGGUUUUAUUGUUAUUGUAAUAAAUAUAUAUUUUCUAUAAGAAAAUUUUAUAAUGAAAUAGUGAUGAAAAAAUUACAAAAGGAUUGAUUCCUGGUCGACUUUUUCUUUCAGACUGAUUUUUUAAGUGAUCUUAAUAAGAUAAUUUAUUUUGUUACUGAAAUUUGCUAUAAACUGUUAGGUCUAGAUAUUUCCUACAAGGAGGGCCAAUGUCUGUAGAUCUGGACAAGAGCUGACACUGAAGGUGUCCAUAUGGCUUCCUUUGCCUAGCGAGUCCAUUAAUGUAAGGCUUUGGUUUCUUCUUAGGCUGCUCAGUUUUCUGUAGGACCUCUUUGAUGCGACAGUCUCAAUUUGCACUGUGUUACCAUAGGAGCAGGGAUGGUGAAAAUGAUAGAGACUUAAUUGUAUUCACCAUCUCUUGCCGAUACCAAGUAUAACGGGAUAAUACAACACAGUAAUAUUCAUUGUUAUUCUGUGUGCAGAUAAAGCUCAUCUAUCCUACUGUUCUAUUGAAACUCUAAUAUGUUCCAAUACAUAUAUUGAACUUUAAAAUCCUUGCUUUUAAUAGUAUAUUUGAGCCGCGACAUACGAUUUUGAGCCUCCAGACUCUAAUACAAAAUGUAAAUGAAAUAUUAUUUUAAUGUGUAAUAAUUACUUAAAAACUUCUUUCUUUGAAUGAAAAAUAUUAAAUCGCAUCAUUUUCUUUAGGAUUCAAAAACAAUAACAGCCAUAUAUCCUUAAUGACCAAUGACCUGAUUGUUUAAAAUAUAAACUGAAGCCUAAAACAUUUCUAAUUUAUGCUUUAUAAAGAUUCCAAGUCAUAUCAAACACUAAAAGCAUAAGCCAGUUUGUGUAUUGAUGACAUAAUAAUGUUUGCUGUUUCACUAUACCUCUUUAUUUGUGAUGUCAUGUCAAAUUAAGUACACACCUUUGGUUGAUUUUGAAUAUACCCUCGAAUAUUUUUCAUCACUACUUUCUGAAAUAAUCUGUAUAGCAAAUGAAAUAAGAAAAUCGGAUGAUGCAUGUCUUAGACACAAAACCAUGUGUCGCAGCUGUUUUAAUGUAAUUGUAUGACUUUUCUACCAAAGACAUUCAAAAUUGAUGAUGAUUUUACAAAUGUACAAUCAUGUUUUCCAUAUGUUGACUAGAAAGGGUUUCACAAAAAUCGUUGUGUUUAUUUCCUGUUUUCUUAAAAUCAUCUAGUGUGCUCUCAGACAGAUAAUAAUCGAGAAGAUUUUUUAUAAUCUUUAGAACUUAUUUCUAAUGACUCCAAAACCAUUAUAUAAAUGUGAGCCAUGCAGUGGCUAGAUCAGCAGCAUAAUACUUUAGAUUCAUUCAAUGUUCAUUGUGUCCAUCCUGUUUAGAGGUGAUGUUCUCAGCAAAAUAAAUCCUGUGGAGGAACAAUCAUUUUCUAAUUUUUAAACAUAUUUUUUUUAUUCGGAUUGCGGUGUGUUUCAGAAAGAAAAUGAAUGUCAAUAAUUAAUAUACAACUAUUUUUUGCAAAUGGAUAAAUAUCUAUAUUUUUCAUGAACCCGUGUUCCUCUGUAGGAAUCUAGUUGCUGACCAUGGCACAUAUUAUUAUGUUGACAUUGUAUUUGGUGAAAGGACUUCCUUAAAAUCAUUAACAAGUAACCAUAAAUAUUUUAGUGUAUGUUUUUUGGACAUACAUAAUCAAACAAUCAUAAUUUUAGAUGAUAUUUAGCCAUUGAUGUGAUAUGUCUGAUAGCAAAGAUCUGUACUGUGUUUUCUUGGACAUCUGUGCAGAUUUCAAAACAGUUGGCUGUGCUUAUUUUUCAAAACAUUCACUAAAGAAAUAAUUGUGUGGAGGAUUGAAUGUAACUUGUCCUUAAUUAGGGUACCGGUAUUGUUUUUGCAUUCAUUUCGGGUGAGACCUUCUCCUGUCUCGGCAGCUGUGAAGAAAUAGUAAAAAAAAAAUGAGUAUCAGGCAAGUGUGGGUCUUUAAAGAAAUGAAAGUCUACAUAGAUAUAAGACUAUUUCAAAUAUGUUUAAAUAUUGAUCAAAGGAGAUUGAAAAAUAUGCAUAGUUGACUGUUUGUCUUGUAUCCAUAUGACCUUCAAACUUUAUAUCAUUUUUCCUAAUUUUGAUUGUGUUGCUAUCCGAGUUCAAUUUUUAGCUAAAAGCUGGUCUCCUAAGAUAUAAAGUUGAAGGUCAUGUUGUGUCUUACAUUGACAGAUUAAGUGCUUAAUAAUAUUCUGUUAGUGUUCUUGUUAUGAUUGUGUGUUUUAUAUUAAAAUUUGAUGUAACAUAAUAGUUGAACUUCAUGAAGUAUGUAUGAUUUCUUUAUGACCUGUAUUUGUGUAGGAUAUAACAUAACCUGACUUAUUCAUAAUGUACGUCUACCAUAUACAAAAACUAGCUUUUGUAGAUUUCAUGAACAAAAUGUUGUAGAUUCAUUGGUCAAUCUAUUGUAGAUUUUUAUGGUUAUUUUUAAAUAUAUUGACAAGUAUAUAUACUUUCAAACAGAUUUAUAUCGAUAUAAUAUAAUCAUAAAAUUUUGCAACAAAAGGAAGUUUUUAUGUUUAUUUGAUACUGUUUUUAAUACAGAAAAUGAUUGCUUAAUUUGAAAAUAUGCCUAUCAGCAUCACCUAAAUAUUCCAAGUUAAAUAAAAUAAAAAAAACAAAAAACUUUAUUACUAAGAUUUCCAUGACACAGGGUUUUGAAUUAAAACAUUGUAAGGAAGAAACUGGUUUUUAUUUUAGCAACUUAAAUCAGAACAUAUAUGAUAAACUAGUACCUUUUUAGUGACGUAUACCCCCCCCCCCCCCCCCCCCCCCAAAUACCUAUCUCUAUCGUUUGCAAGUUGCACUUUGAUUACGUUGUUAGCUUAACACUUUGAUUCCAACUUCUCAACCAGUGUAUCCAACACUAGGAUUGAUAAGAUUUUUUUUUAACAAAUCUAUCAUACUAGGAAGUGAAGAACUGCAUUUCAAGAUACCGUAAAUGGUUUUACUGAUCAUAUAUGAUAAAGUUCAUUUGAAUUUUAAAAUUGAAACAUAAAUUAUGUCUAACAUCAUAACAAUAAAACUGAUAUUUGCGAUCUUUCGAUAUUUUGUCACAUUUUUCUUGAUAAGUGGGAUCCUUCAUGUAUACUUGUAAAUAGUACCGGUAUGUAAAUGACUUCCAUGGAAACCUCAUAUUCAUUGAUUUGUGGGGACAGAUGUGAUUAAUUAUUGAAAAACAAAUCCAGAGCUAGUUAAAUGUAUUUAGUUUGCUGGUGAAAGCUUAACAUACUUAUGCAGAUACUGAGAAGGGAUUUAAAAGUGUUCUGUCAAGUUUUUCACAGAUUUGCACCAUGAGAUUCCUGGUAUAUAAUUAUUUGGUAUAAUGUAGUGACCUUUCCAUGUUAAAAUCAAUGCUUUGCUUUUAAAGAUGAAAUAACCUGCUUUUUUACAGCAGACUUAUCAUAUACACACAAACACUCGCACUGUUUUUAUUGGUGUUGAUUUUAGAGCGGUGUUUUGUUUAGAAUUUUUAGAGAUGAAAUAUUUUUGUGACAGUGUUGCUUUUCAUCAAAUAGUACUUGCAUAUUUUACAUGAUUGCAUGAUUGAAUUUUUGACCAAUGAAAUAGCUUUUCCCCAGCUAACCUCUAUAUUCUCUUAUGUGGAAAGUAACAGUUCUGUUACAAGCUUGUAUGCUGACAUUGUACAUACUCUGAUCAUUGCUGCCAUGUGUACAAUAAAAUAUAAAUACAUCCUU